AAAAAUAAGCCUAAUAGAGAGAGAAAUUGUGUAAGGUGAGCUUUUUUAUUUUUUAUUUUUGGCUCGCCCAAGACCUCUCGCCGGAGAACGACGUCUCCAGAGCCGCCGCUUCCCCUGCCCACCGGAACUGACGAUUCCGGCGACGGGGACAUCCCACGUUGUGGCUCUUCAUGAUUUUUCAGGCUCAAGCUCUUCUUCAUUGUUGAGCUAUAAUAUACACCUCUAGUGUAAGGCAUCAGCAAUGGGAAAGAUGAAAAGACCAUUCAAAGGGAUAAUCAAGGACUUCAAAGGAAGAGCUGCUUGUUAUAAGGAAGAUUGGACUUGUGCACUCUGUUCAGGCGUUGGGAUAUUAGCUCCAACUGCCUAUAUUUUCUUUGCUUCUGCACUUCCUGUUAUUGCCUUUGGAGAGCAACUGAAUAGAGACACAGAUGGAAGCUUGAGCACAGUGGAAACUUUAGCAUCCACUGCGAUUUGCGGAAUCAUUCACUCGAUAUUUGGAGGACAACCAUUGUUGAUUCUGGGAGUUGCUGAGCCCACCGUCAUAAUGUAUACUUACUUGUACAACUUCAGCAAAGGAAGGCCUGAGCUUGGAAGCAGGCUCUAUUUGGCUUGGGCUGGUUGGGUAUGUGUCUGGACAGCACUACUGCUGUUUCUUCUUGCGAUCUUCAAUGCGUGUGCCAUUAUCAGCCGAUUCACAAGGAUCGCAGGGGAACUUUUCGGAAUGUUGAUUGCUGUUCUUUUUCUGCAACAGGCGAUUAAGGGAGUGAUCAGUGAAUUCGGUGUUCCCGAAGCUGAAGAUCCAAAACUGGAAAAGUACCAAUUCCAGUGGCUUUUCGUUAACGGGUUGCUUGCAGUCAUUUUCGCCUUUGGUCUUCUUUUCACCGCCCUCAAGAGCAGAAGAGCGAGAUCAUGGCGAUAUGGCACGGGAUGGUUGCGAGGCUUCAUUACAGACUAUGGGGUGCCUCUUAUGGUUGUGGUGUGGACAGCAUUAUCUUACAGUGUGCCCAGGAAAGUUCCAGAAGGAGUCCCUAGAAGGCUCUUUUGUCCCCUUCCUUGGGAAUCUGCAUCAUUGUACCAUUGGACAGUAAUCAAGGAUAUGGGGAAGGUCCCGGGGUUAUAUAUUUUUGCGGCCUUCAUUCCAGCUGUGACGAUAGCAGGGCUAUACUUUUUUGACCACAGUGUAGCUUCACAGAUGGCACAACAGAAGGAGUUUAAUCUGCAAAAACCAUCUGCUUUCCAUUAUGAUAUCUUAUUGCUUGGUAUAAUGACGUUGAUAUGUGGAUUGCUUGGUCUUCCACCUUCAAAUGGGGUUCUCCCGCAGUCGCCCAUGCACACCAAGAGUUUGGCUGUUCUCAGAAGGCGGUUGAUCCGAAAGAAAAUGGUAAAGAGUGCCAAGGAAUGCAUUAAGCAGCAAGCAAGCAACACAGAAAUAUAUGGAAAAAUGCAAGCUGUUUUCAUAGAAAUGGAUGCAUCUCCAACUCCUAAAGAGUUAGAGAACCUGAAGGAGGCAGUAAUGCAAGUUGAUGAUGGGGGACCUGCAAACGGAAAAUUUGAUCCCGAGAAACACAUUGAUGCCUACUUACCUGUCCGGGUUAAUGAGCAAAGAAUGAGCAAUCUGCUGCAGUCUCUUCUUGUGGGCUUAUCAAUGUGCACCGUCUCUGUGAUCAAAAUGAUACCAACCUCAGUUCUUUGGGGAUAUUUUGCUUACAUGGCUAUUGACAGUCUCCCAGGAAUUCAGUUCUGGGAAAGGAUUUUGCUGCUCCUCAUCACCCCACGUCGGCGCUACAAAGUGUUGGAAGGGUCUCAUGCUUCAUACGUCGAGUCGGUGCCAUUCAAGUACAUCACGCUGUUUACGAUCUUCCAACUAGUAUACUUGUUGAUCUGUUUCGGUGUGACGUGGAUUCCUAUAGCUGGAAUAUUGUUCCCAUUGCCAUUCUUCCUUCUUAUAGCCAUAAGAGAGCGCCUGCUUCCCAAGCUCUUCCCGCCUAAUCAUCUUCAAGAACUUGAUGCUUCUGAAUACGAGGAGAUCUCUGGUGCUCCGCACCGUAUCCUAAGUAUCUCAGUAACGGAAAGAGAACCACCCGAUUCCGGAAGCGAAGACAGCACAGAAGAUUUCUAUGAUGCAGAAAUACUAGAUGAAAUCACAACAAAUAGAGGCGAGUUCAAGCUAAGAACCGUAAGCUUCAACGAAGAGAGGUUCUUGCAGGUUUAUCCAGAAGAUGUCGGAAAAUAACGAGACAAAGCUGAUUAGGAUGUAGAUUGAGCUCGUUACAAAAAAUUGAGGACGGUGAUUGUGCAUGCAUCCAAUCGUCAAUAGAUAGCAGCACGAGGUCGAAAAGUGUCGUUUUCCUUUGUAUCGAAACAAAGAAAUGAGAUAAGGAAGACAAUACAUUCAGAAAAAAGGAAGCCACAGAAGACUGCAUUUUGCAGUAUGAUUCAGUUAUAGUUGGCAAAAAAGCCUUUAGAUUGUUAACACCAAAGUUUUAUAGUACACCAUUCUUUUUGCUAGCAAAUUAAAGGAGUUGAGGUGGGGCGCAGGGUAUGUAAAACAUUGGGGAUGGAUGAAUCAGGAACAUUUAGUACUUCAUUAUCAAUGCAAAUUUGAGGAAAGGGUAUAGAUCUUUUCAUUCUUUUUCUCCAAGCUUCAGGAUAAGUCCUAGAUUAUCUCUUCUUCUUCUUGCAGUGAAAACAGAUCUGCCAAUAAGAAAUUUUUGCAACAGUUUAAUUAUGCCUGCACAAGCUUGGAUUUAUAUAACCAAAAAAAAAAAAAAAGGAAAACGUAGAAAGCAUCAUUUCCUUGAUCAGCAUUAGUGUUUGAGUACAGCCAUUUAUUUGUUUCUUUUGUUGGUAAAUUGGUAUUUUAAUGGAACUCUCAACAUUAUUAGUGAGAAAAAGGAGAUGUCUGACAGACUCAGUAGACAGAUUUG